CUGGCUGACCGUGACGCAGGAGCAGCGAGGUUUUCAAAGCCGCUCGAGUCUGCCAGCUCAGUGUAAGUGAACGGAUCGAGAAGCUUCAGUCACUGUUCGUUCUCAAGAAAAAUACACAGAGAAUAAAAGAGCUGAUAUGUUGGACUGAAAAUCCAAGAGAAUUUAUAUUGACAUUUCAGAAAACUGAAUACAGCUGCGACGCUUACUGUGUAAGAAGCUAUUGACCGAAAACAAAUACAGAGCUCCAACUUUUAAAAAUGACGCAUUUUGGUUUGUUUUUUGUUGUUUGUUGUUAAAAAAAUAUUAAAAUUAUGUUUCGCAAACUGAUGCAUUUCUUAUGACUUUGUGUAGAUCAUAACGAAUUUUUAGCGCUAUAUAAAACAAAGUUUGGAAAAUGUCUUCAGAUGAAUCGUUUAUUUUACGUCAAGAAUUAACAAGCAUGUUUUCCUCAAAUACCUCCUUGGCAAACCGCACUCAUCGGCUGUCCUUACAUCCGAUAUGGUAUCCUGGCAUAAUCAUCGCCACGGUUUAUGGGUUUAUGAUACUCGUCGGGGUCGUGGGAAACAUCACCCUGAUCAAGACGUUUUACGCCAUGAAGUCGAUGAGAAAUGCCCCCAACCUCUUCAUGUCCAGCCUGGCCCUGGGGGACCUGCUGCUUCUCCUCACCUGCGCUCCCGUCGAUGCCAGCCGCUAUCUGGCUGACGAGUGGCUUUUCGGCAGGGUGGGAUGCAAACUCAUACCCUUCAUCCAGCUUACCUCUGUCGGGGUCUCUGUUUUCACGCUGACCGUCCUUUCUGCAGAUAGGUACAAGGCAAUCGUCAGACCAAUGACUGUACAACCCUCCAAUGCUAAAGCGAAAAUCUGCUUCAUAGUGGCAAUGAUCUGGAUAUUUUCCAUGGCCUUGGCCAUCCCUGAAGCCAUCUUCUCUGACCUCCAUACUUUCAACAUCACCAGGACUAAUGAGACAUUUGUAACUUGCGCCCCCUAUCCACACACAGGAGAUCUGCACCCCAAGAUCCACUCUAUGGCCUCUUUCCUCAUUUUCUAUGUCAUACCCCUGCUCAUUAUUUCGAUCUAUUACUCUUUCAUUGCCAGAAGCCUCUUCAGGAGCGCAUCUAACAUGCCAGGAGAAGGAAAUGUGCCCGUGAGAAGACAGGUGGAGACCAGAAAGAGGCUGGCGAAGACCGUUUUGGUGUUUGUGGGCCUGUUUGCGGUUUGCUGGCUUCCCAGUCAUGCGUUGUACCUGUACCGCUCUUACCACUACAGCGAGGUGGACACAUCUAUGCUUCACUUCAUCUCCAGUGUCAGCGCCCGCCUCUUGGCCUUUGCCAACUCCUGCGUCAACCCCUUUGCCCUCUACCUACUGAGCCACAGCUUCCAGAAGCAAUUCAACAAGCAGCUAUGCUGCUGCUGCCCACUGGCCAUUGGCCGUCCUGUGUCAGGGCAACCCCUUCCCCAUGAUUUUCAUCAGGAGCACUAGCCAAUCGCGCGGCAAAUUCGGCUUCAUCUACAGUAACCAGCUGUGAAACGAAGCAGCGUGCUUUUGUCGCAUAACUCUCUACCUUGUUUGAGAAGUGAAUUCCUAGGAACUUGAAUGAACUUAGACGCAGCGUGGGACUGCCGGGUGAAAAUAGUUUGUUGGAGGGGAUAACAGUUUGACACAAGAAGUAAAAAAAAAGUAACUGAUGGUAAAUGAAUUAAAUCAGUCUGAAACAGACAGAUUUUGAUUAUCCCACACAUUAUUUCCUCAGUGUUGCUCACAUCAAAAUAAUACAGUUACUGUAAGAGUAUUAGAGAAAUUAGCCGAUUAAGCCACACCCACAACUGACACGGGUGUAUGAUUAAGCACACAGCCAGCAGUUUUCUGUAAGAAAUAGAAUGGAUUUUCAUAGAGAGGAUAUUAAUGAGUUUCAACUUGGCACCAUUAUUGGAUGCCGUUUACCAAAUUUCUGGCCUGCUAGAGCUGCCCUAGUCAAGUGAUUUGACCGAACAUCCUGAUCACCGAACAUCAAUACUCUACCCAAAUGACCUCAAAUCGCACCAGCAAUAUUGCAAAAUCUAAUGAAGAGCUGUCCUUCAUACAACAUUACAAAAUGGUGUCCAUAUAGUGUACUGUAUAUACUUUGCUUUUUUUUUUUUCAAUGAGCCCCUGUAGGUCAGAUCACCCAAUCACAUGGCUUCUCCUACCACUACUACGCCGCUGACAUCCAGAUCUACUUGACAUUCUACCUCGAUCUCUGCAUGCCUGGGUGACAUGGCAUCCUGGAUGAGGGACCAUCACCUCCAGCUUAACCUCUCCAAGACUGAGCUUGUUAUCUUGCCUCCCAGCCCUAUUAUCCACCAUGACAUCACUUGGAUCAUCCAACCUGUCUUCAUCAAGGUCCAUCAAUGAUCAAGCACUCAUCCCCAUGAAAAGGCUUCACAUGACCUGUGUUCCAUCUUGCCCCCUUCAUUCAGCAAACCAAUUUGACUUGAAGAUCCUUCCAUCACACAAGAAGUUUCACUCCACAGUGUUCUCUUGUGUGGUUCCCCAGUGGUGGAAUGAGCUGCUGAACCACAUCCAGUCAUCAGACUCCCUCUUCACCUUCAAGAAGAGCCUCAAGACCUAAUUGUUCCAUGAAUUCCUCUACUAGGCUGAUGCCUCUGUAUGUUCCCUGAAUGUUCUUACAGUAUGUUACACUUCUUGUCAUUGAAUAGAUUUAUUAGGCUCUUGCUUUGUUAGAAGUUGUCGUGCAGCUCUUGCUCCAAUCCUGCUUACACUUGUACCUGGGAAUUCACUGGAAGCUCAGUCUAGUCACACUAAUGCUUAGUCGACUCCUUGACAGCAUGUAUGUUUGUAAUGUUCUAAUUGCCGCACUUGUACGUCACUUUGGACAAAAGUGUCUGCUAAAUGUGUAAAAUGUAACUUAAUAGUACUUGGAUAAUACGUGUAGCUGAAAGUUGUAUCUCAAGUGUAAGAAAAAGAGUAUAAAAAUAAUUAUAGAUUUUG